AUGAACAGCCCAUCCAAGCGCCGAAAGAAAAAUGACGGAUCCACGCAGCCGGUACGCAGCCUCGACUACUUCUUCGCCAAGCAGACGGCUAAAGCGAUAUCCAAAGACGCAACUACGAGCACGGCGGAGACGAGCACAGCGCAGGGAGUCGGUGCCGUUGUAGAGAGCGCUGCAAAUGUGACUGAUGAGGAGCUUGCGAGGAAAUUGCAGGAGCAAUGGGAUAGGGAGGAUCGCGAGCGGGAGCGGGAGCAACAGCAGGCGCGGUCCGAAGAGCCGGCCAGCUCGAAUGAAUUGUAUGAAGAUCCAGGAAAGCCAGGAGCAAAGGAUACCGCCAAAGUUGCUACAGACGAGGACAAGACGGAGGAUGCAAAGCCCAAUGAUCAGGCUAAGAAACCUUGCCCUCCGAUACAGAAGAAUACCCUCACACUCCAGUCCACCGCCUCCGACGAAGACACCAUCACCCUUAACAUACCCUUUGAUCAGAGCCCGCUUGACUUCGAACCUUCAAGAUGCAUAUCCGACCUGCAGAAACACUGGGUGACAGAUGGAGGACACGCGACAUAUGCGCUUCUUACAAGGUGCUUCGUCUUGGUCAAUAGCACUGCCAGUCGAAUCAAGAUUGUGGAUACCCUAGUCAAUUUACUGCGGACCAUCAUGGAAGGCGACCCGAGUAGCCUACUUCCAGCCGUAUGGCUCGCUACAAACGCAAUAUCACCGCCAUACAUUGAUCUCGAGCUUGGGCUGGGCGGAUCGGCGAUUUCAAAGGCACUGAAGAAAGUAUGCGGUCUGGACACUGCAGGACUAAAGACCCUGUACAACAAGUACGGGGAUGCUGGAGACGUGGCCUUUGAAGCAAAGAAAAAGCAGUCUUUUACUCUGAGGAAGCCGAAACCUCUCACGAUCAAGAGCGUGUUCGAAUCCCUUGUCAAGAUUGCGAAUAGCAAGGGCCAUGGCAGCGUCGAAGCCAAGCAGAGGAUAGUCGAGCGACUGGUGCAAGAUGCGCGAGGUGCGGAGGAGAGUCGGUAUAUUGUUCGCACGCUGGUACAACAUCUCCGCAUCGGGGCUGUCAAGACUACCAUGCUGAUCGCACUCUCGCGUGCAUUCAUGUUGUCCCGACCUCCAGGCGCAGAUUUCGAGAUUCGCGAUCCAAAGGCCCUGGCGAGACUGAAAAAGGAGGCGCUGGCGGACAUGUACAGCAAAAACGAAGAGAUUGUCAAGGCCUGCUUUGCGCGAAGACCAAACUACAACGACCUGAUACCCGCGCUCCUUGAAAUCGGCGUCUGCGAUGAAUUGCUCCUGCGUUGUGGUCUCGCCUUGCAUAUUCCACUACGACCCAUGUUGGGCAGCAUCACACGAGAUAUGGGCGAGAUGUUUACGAAGCUGCAAGGACGAGAAUUUGCGUGCGAGUACAAAUAUGACGGGCAAAGAGCACAGGUGCACUGCGAUGAGAAGGGAAAGGUUACCAUCUUCUCGCGACAUCUAGAAGUCAUGACAGACAAGUAUCCAGAUCUUGUGGCCCUGGUGCCCAAGAUACGCGGCGAAGGUGUAUCGAGCUUCAUCCUCGAGGGCGAAGUAGUAGCCGUGGAUCGCGAAACCGGAGACCUAAAGACUUUUCAGACGCUUGCCAAUCGAGCGCGGAAAGACGUGUUGAUUGGCGCGGUCACGAUUGAUGUCUGCCUCUUCGCGUUCGACCUCAUGUAUUUGAACGGCGAGGAACUCUUGGACCGACCUUUUCGCGAGAGGCGAUCGUUGCUCAAGAGCCUUUUUGUCGAAAUCCCCCAUCACUUCACCUGGGUCAGAUGUCUCGAUGCUACUUCUGCAGACGUCGACGCAGUACAGGCCUUCUUCCAGAGCGCCCUGGACAUCAAAUGCGAAGGCAUCAUGGUCAAGGUGCUCGACAACCUCCCCAACCCAGACCUCCUCCCCGACAAUCCCGACAUGGAAUCCACACCCUCCCUACCCCCAACCCCCAAGAAGAUGAAGAAGAAGAAGAAAGCCGCCACAAAAUCAAAAUCAACCCCAACAUCUGUCCAACCCACAACCACCACCCCCUCAGACGCCCAACCCACCAACCCCCGCCGCAAACCCCUCCUCUCCACCUACGAACCCGACAAGCGACUAGACUCGUGGCUCAAAGUAAAAAAAGACUACAGCACCACCUCGGAAACGCUAGACGUGAUCCCCAUCGCCGCCUUCCACGGCUCCGGCCGCAAAUCAGCCUGGUGGUCCCCCAUCCUCCUCGCCGUCCGCAACGCCGAAUCCGGCCACCUCCAAGCCCUCACAAAGUGCAUGUCCGGCUUCACAGACGCGUUUUACAAGGCCAAUCGGGCCAGGUACAACCCGCAGGAUCCAGAGUGUGCGCAUGUGCGCACGGAGAAGCCGGCGUUUGUCGAGUAUGGAGGUGGGGCGGGGACGCCGGAUGUUUGGUUUGAGCCGGGCGAGGUGUGGGAGGUGGCGUUUGCGGAUUUGACGCUGAGUCCGACGUAUACGGCUGCAGUUGGGUUGGUGAGUGAGGAGCGUGGGCUGAGUACGCGGUUUCCGAGGUUUUUGCGCGUCAGGGAGGAUAAGGGGAUUGAGGAGGCGACGGAGGCGCACGAGUUGGCGGAUUUGUAUUGGAAGCAGGAGGCCAAGGGGCCGAGGCAGGGUGGAGGGGGUGAGGAGGCCGAGGCAGGAGAGGAGGGAGAGUGA